AUUGCUCUUUUAGUCUUCUAUAAGUAGGACUUUGCACACAAGGGCCACCAGUCCACUCUCUUACACUUCACAAAUCACUCAUCCUUUAGCAUACUGCAUAGCCAACAAGCAAAGCAACUUAACAAGUUUCUAGAGAUUCUUGAAAAAAAAAAAGAGGAAUAACAUAAUGUUGGUGAAUACAAUGGCAAAUUUUUAUGAAGUGAAUAAUUGUUCAAAUAUUAUUCAUCCAAAUACAAACUUAAACACUUCACAAAAUAAUAGCUUGCUAGCAAGUGCAACCAAUAUUACUCCCUUAAUGCUAUGCUCUUCAUCAAAGGCGGCACGGCUAUCACCUGAGGCUAAAGCUCUUGCAGCUUGCAAGAGCCACAAGGAGGCUGAACGACGGCGUCGAAAGCGCAUCAACGCUCAUCUUGCCACCCUCCGAACCCUUCUCCCUAAUCUCAUCAAAACGGACAAGGCCUCAGUGUUGGCAGAGGUGGUCCGGCGAGUGAGGGAGCUGAAAAAGGCCACCUCGGAAUUGGCUACGGAUCGACACGACGAGUGCAACGGGUGCAAUGCUUGUGUACUUCCAGGGGACAUGGAUGAGGUUAACCUCCAACGUAGUGAAAUUGACAAUACCACACACAUUGCUACAUUGUGUUGUGAGGAUAGGCCAGAGCUCAUAGUGGACUUGACAAGAGCAUUAGGGUCAGUGAAAGGCAAGGUUGUGAAGGCGGAGAUGGCGACGGUGGGGGGCCGGACCAAGAGUGUUUUGUGGGUUCGAGGCGUUGGUGGUGGCGCGCCUGAAGGGCUACUUAAGAGGGCCUUGAAAGUGGUGGUGGACAAACCUUCCUCUUCUUCUUCUGGCUUGAGCCAUGGGCUGAGGAUGCAUAGACCAUAUUAAUUAGUGGCUUCUUGUGUUGGGCUUCAGUAGCAUUGGGCUUGUUAUCUAAGGUUUACUUUUGGCAAAUGUAAUUUGUAGUUAAGUAUACAGUUGGAAUACUAACUUAUAUGUAGUAGUGUAGUACUCUUUUCUGACUGUGCAUUAGAAGUUUAGAACAAAAAUUAGUAAGGUAAUGAGGAGAUAAGAAGUAUCAUAUAAAUGAAGUUUGUACAAGUUCGUAUCUUUAUAUCAAGUGAUUAGGAUGAUAUUCAUAGUUGUGAUCAAAUUGUGGAGUAUGUUAUAUUACUAGUUGUUGGUCCA